ACCAAUGCCCAAUACACAUAAUAUUUGAUACUUGAUGCCUCUCGCUCUUUACUUUCAGAUUUCGACUUUUCAAUUAUUGAAUUGAAUUGUAAUAAAGUCUCUGAAUCUGUUUGUUGACUUUGUUCCUGAUUGGCAAUUGGCAUCCUCAAUUUCUCAUCAUGCCGUCUGCCAUCUCACAGUUUAUCUCUCCCACCGAAGCUUGUCUUUUCCUCAGCGGCUCUUCCCCGGCGUUCCGCCGUCAUCCGUCGUCAGCGCCGGCCAUAAGUAAAUCUAAUCGGGUCGGAGGCGUCACUAAGAGAUUGGCGGUGUCGGUGGACGAGGUGCCGGCGACGAGGUCUAUCGAGAAACGGGGGUUGGAGAAGGAAGGGAUUGAAUGGAGAGGGGAAGAAGAAGGAGAAGGGGAGGAGGAAGGAGAAGGGGAGAGACCUAUGAGUGGCUGGAAAGCUUAUUUCGAAGAGUCAAAGGAGUUAAUAAAAUCCGAAGGGGGACCGCCUCGCUGGUUUUCACCGUUGUACGGCGGUUCGCGGCUCAACAAUUCUCCUCUCCUCCUCUUCUUGCCUGGGAUUGAUGGCGUGGGACUUGGACUUAUUUUAAACCAUCAGAAGCUGGGAAAGGUUUUUGAUAUGUGGUGCUUGCAUAUUCCGGUCAUGGAUCGAACGCCAUUUACAGAACUCGUGAAGAUGGUUGAGAGAACUGUUAGAUCCGAGAAUCAAAGCUGUCCAAACAGACCGAUAUAUCUUGUUGGAGAUUCUUUAGGGGCAUGCCUUGCACUGGCUGUUGCAGCCCGCAACCCUGAUAUUGAUCUCGUACUAAUUUUGGCUAACCCAGCUACUUCAUACUGUAGAUCACAGUUGCAACAGUUAACCCCGUUAUUGGAAGCUAUGCCUGGCCAACUCUCUCCUGGUGUGCCUUAUUUUCUUAGUUUAAUGGCAGGUGAUCCUCUGAGGAUGGUGUUGGAAAAUAUGGUGAAAGGACUUUCCCUGCAAAAUACAGCUAGAGAGCUUUCGGAGGAUCUUAGUAUAUUGUCUUCCUCCCUCCCUGUUCUUGCUGAUAUAUUGCCAAGAGAAACACUUCUGUGGAAACUACAGAUGCUUAGGUCUGCUUCUGCUUAUGCUAGUUCGCGUCUUCAUUCCAUCAAGACUCAGAUUUUGAUACUUAGCAGUGGAAAGGAUCAGUUACUACCUAGUCAGCAAGAAGGUGAGAGGCUAUAUCGUUUACUGCCAAAAUGUGACCUUCGUAAGUUUGAUGACAGGGGUCACUUCCUUUUCCUGGAAGGCGGUUUUGACUUAUUAACGAUCAUCAAGAGCACUUCUUUCUACCGCCGCGGCAAGUAUCAUGACUAUGCUUUAGAUUUUAUACCACCAUCACCUGAUGAACUUAAAAACGUAUUGGAAACAAACAGAUUGUUCAACAACCUCACAAGUGCCGUAAUGCUCUCGACUUUGGAGGAUGGAACGAUUGUAAGAGGCCUUGAUGGAAUCCCUUCGGAAGGGCCCGUCCUGCUAGUUGGGUAUCACAUGCUUCUGGGAUGGGAUUUAGUUCCUCUGGCUACCAAGAUUGCUUCAGAGAAAAAAAUUUUAGUACGAGGAAUAGCACAUCCAAUGAUGUUCGAGAGAUCAAAAACCGGAAAAUUGCCUGAAUUAUCUUCAUAUGACUCGUACAGGCUUAUGGGUGCUGUUCCUGUGGCUGCGAGUAAUUUCUAUAAGCUUUUCUCUUCCAAGGCUCAUGUCCUGCUUUAUCCAGGAGGGAUGCGUGAGGCUCUACAUCGGAAGGGUGAGGAAUACAAAUUAUUCUGGCCUGAACAAGCAGAGUUUGUUAGGAUGGCAGCCAGAUUUGGAGCCAAGAUUGUACCUUUUGGCAGUGUUGGAGAAGAUGACUUGGGCCAGGUUGUUAUUGAUUAUGAUGACUUGAUCAAGGUUCCUUACUUUAGGACCGAAAUAGAAAGCUUAACAAAGGAGGCUGCCAUGUUGAGAGGUGAUGCUCAGGGUGAAGUGGCCAAUCAACAAGUUCAUCUUCCAGGAAUUCUACCCAAAUAUCCUGGCCGGUUCUACUAUUAUUUUGGAAAACCAAUUGAAACUAAAGGGAGGGAGCGGGAGCUGAGAGAUAGAGGCAAAUCUCAUGAAUUGUAUAUGGCAGUGAAAUCUGAGGUUGAGAGAUGCAUUGCCUAUCUAAAGGAGAAAAGAGAAAGUGAUCCCUACAGAUAUUUGUUACCUCGGCUUCUAUACCAAGCCACGCAUGGAUUUACAUCUGAUGUUCCAACCUUUGAAAUUUGAUUGCUCCCUGUAUUAAGCACAGAUGAGUGGGCCAUAAGUUACCUUCAUCUGCUGUAGAAGUUAGAUGGUAUCAAGAGAGAUUAUAGUUGGAAGAAUAUUUAGUUAUGGGUCUCUUCUUCUCUUCGGUUCUUGUUGAUGGCGAAUGGAAGCAAAUGCAAGUUCUGGGACUAGAGCCUAGAGGGAAGAAUUCAUUAAUUAUAGUUUUAUUGCAACUAUGUCGAUUCACUCGAUAAAUGUCAGUUUUGGAACACUUGAGGGAAAUGUCUUGUUAAAUACUGAGGCACGCCUCACGCACAAACAGCUUUAGUCACCUAAUAAUACAUAAUAUUGUAAACCAACCCCUACUUUGUUUCUCUAUCAUAUUUUUGCGGUUUUCCUUCUUUUUUUGGGUCAAA